UCCCUUCAGCCCACCAGCCUCGCCAUGUUGUCAGGGUAAACCUGUUGCCCCGCUUUCACUUCUUACGACAGAUCUUAACUUUAAUAACUUAAAUAGAUCUUAAAUUUAAUAGUAGCGGUGUCAGCUGUUAAAUUACCACCAUGUCGAGUGUUUCUUACCACAUCUCCAGCUUGUUGGAGAAAAUGACAUCAACUGACAAAGAUUUCAGAUUUAUGGCCACAAAUGACCUGAUGCUGGAACUGCAGAAAGACAGCAUUAAACUGGACGAGGACAGUGAGAGAAAAGUGGUCAACAUGCUGCUCAGACUGCUGGAGGACAAGAAUGGAGAGGUGCAGAACCUGGCAGUAAAAUGUCUGGCCCCUCUGGUGAGUAAAGUGAAGGAGCCUCAGGUGGAGGCGAUGGUGGACAUACUGUGUGCCAACAUGAUGUCAGACAAGGAGCAGCUGAGAGACAUUUCCAGCAUGGGACUGAAGGCUGUGAUUGCUGAGCUGCCGCUGUCUGCCUCAGGUGUGAAUCUCACAGCCAGUGUGUGUAAGAAGAUUACUUCCCAGCUGAUUGGUGCCAUGGGGAAGCAAGAAGACGUGUCGGUUCAAUUGGAGGCUCUGGACAUCCUUUCUGACAUGUUGGGAAGGCUGGGCGGUGCUCUAGUUGGGUUUCACAGCUCUCUGCUCUCCAGCCUGCUGCCUCAGCUCACCAGCUCCAGAAUGGCAGUCAGGAAGCGCUCCAUCUUGGCCCUCGGCCACUUAGUGCCCUGCUGUAGUCCCACUCUCUUCUCUCAGCUGACUGACCACCUGUUAAAAGAACUGGCAAAGAACCAGCAGACAUCCCAGACGAGGACGUACAUCCAGUGCUUAGCAACCGUUAGUCGGCAGGGAGGCCAUCGAGUUGGAGAGCAUUUAGAGAAAGUGAUCCCCAUGGUGGUGAAGUUCACCAGUGUGGAGGACGAUGAGCUGAGGGAGUAUUGUUUCCAGGCCUUUGAAGCUUUUAUACGGAGGUGUCCAAAGGAAAUGUCACCUCAUGUUGCCACAGUGACCAAACUCUGUCUGAAGUUCAUGACCUAUGACCCUAACUACAACUAUGAUGAUAGCGAGGAAGAUGAGGACAGCAUGGACAUAGAGGACAGAGCUGAUGAAGAAUCAGAUGAUGAGUACAGUGAUGAUGAUGACAUGAGCUGGAAGGUUCGCCGCUCCGCCAUCAAGUGUCUAGAGGCCCUGAUCAGCACACGCAGAGACCUCCUGCUCUCCUUCUACUCCUCCAUCUGCCCAGCUUUGCUGGCCCGAUUCAAGGAGCGUGAGGAGAAUGUGAGGGCUGACGUCUUUGCUGCUUUUUCCACCCUCUUGAGGCAAACGCGUGGUGGUUCAGGUCAUCACGGCGUCAUCACCGCUUGUUUGGAGCCAGGGACGGCCCGGGAGGAAGAACCAGCGGUUGCUUUGCUGAAGAAACAGAUUCCAGGGAUUGUGAAGUCUCUCCAUAAACAGCUGAAGGAAAAGAGCCUUAAAUCUCGACAGGGCUGCUUCUGUCUUCUCACGGAGCUCGCUCACACGGCUCCUGGAUCCCUGGAAGAUCACAUACCCGCCCUUUUACCUGGUGUUGUUUUUUCUCUGACAGACAAGUCCACCUCUUCCACCAUGAGGAUCGAUGCUCUCUCUUUCCUCCACAUUCUCCUCAUCUCUCACCCUCCUCAAGCUUUUCAGCCACACAUGCAGGUCCUGCUACCUGCAGUUUUAACAUGUGUUGAGGACACUUUCUAUAAGAUCACCUCAGAGGCUUUGCUGGUCACUCAGCAGCUUGUCAAAGUGAUGAGGCCGCAGGGACAGGAGGCAAAGUCUGGAGGAUUUGACCCUAAACCUUUCAUCAAGGAGGUGUUUUCAGUUACAAUGAAGAGGCUCAAAGCAACAGACAUCGACCAGGAAGUGAAGGAGAGAGCUAUUUCCUGUAUGGGUCACAUGGUGUGCCAUCUUGGUGACCACUUGGGGUCUGAGCUGCAGGGAGUCUUGCUGAUCUUUUUGGACAGGUUAAAAAAUGAGAUAACAAGACUGACAGCUGUUAAGACCCUCACUCUCAUCACUGCAUCUCCAUUAAAGAUUGACCUGACAUCCAUUCUGUUGGAAGCUCUGUCCGUGUUGGGGUCUUUCUUGCGGAAGAACCAGCGUGCUCUUAAACUAAGCACAUUGGCGUGUCUCAUGGCUCUGGUCAGCAAUCACGCUGCCAGCAUCAAGCCAGCAGCUCUGGACCCUGUGCUGAGUGAGAUCCCCCCUCUGGUGGAUGAGAGCGACAUGCAUAUUUCACAGGUGUCCAUUACCUUGCUGACUUGUAUGGCCAAAGCCUGUCCCUCCUCUCUGGCAAAGAUCAGCUCCUCUGUUCUGCCGGGAGUCUUCAAGCUCAUCCACUCUCCAAUGCUGCAGGGCGGUGCACUUCUGGCUAUACUGGAUUUCCUUCAGGCCCUGGUGUCGAGUAAGGCUACUAAUCUGGGCUACAGUCAGUUGGUGAAGUCUCUUAUGGAGCCAUUUCAAAGCUCUAAGUCCUCUGCUGAGAUCCUGCACAGACAGUCGUACCACUCUGUGGCUCGCUGUGUGGCUGCUCUUUCCUCUGCUUCACCAAAAGACACGGCUGGCACUGUAACAAGCCUAAUACAACAGGUGAAGAAUUCCAGCUCUCCGGAGUCGGCUCGUGUCCUGGCUCUUUUGUGUCUGGGUGAGGUGGGGAGGAACAGCAGUCUGGGAGGGAGUAAGGAGGUUCAGGGGGUCAUUUUAGAGGCCCUUUCCUCAACCAAUGAAGAGAUAAAGACAGCAGCCUCCUGCGCAUUAGGAGGCAUGGCAGUCGGCUCUUUGAAUGAGUUUCUUCCCUUCAUGCUGAAAGAGAUCUCAGCUCAGCCAAGAAGGCAAUACCUCCUGCUCCAUUCCCUGAAAGAGGUCAUCAGCGCAUGCCCAGCCUCUAGUCUCUCACCACACGUGGAGUCAAUCUGGGCUUUGCUGUUUCAGCACUGUGAGAGUCAGGAGGAGGGGACCAGGAACCUAGUGGCUGAAUGCUUGGGAAAACUGACCUUGGUCAACCCUGCACAACUUCUGCCCAGACUAAAACAACAUCUGAAAGCCGGUUCACCUUUGGCUCGAAGUACAGUGGUGACUGCUGUAAAGUUCACUAUUGUUGACCAUCCAGCUCCCAUAGACUCACUGCUAAAAGACUGUAUAGGUGACUUUCUUAAGACCCUGCAGGACAGUGACAUCAAUGUGCGGCGUGUCGCCUUGGUGAUGUUUAACUCUGCUGCUCACAACAAACCGUCUCUGGUCCAAGGCCUGCUGGGAACAGUUCUGCCUCACCUUUACAAGGAAACCCAGAUCAGGAAAGACCUCAUUAGGGAGGUGGAGAUGGGUCCCUUCAAACACACUGUUGAUGAUGGUUUGGAUGUGCGUAAAGCAGCAUUUGAGUGUAUGUACACUCUGCUGGACAGCUGUCUAGAGGGGCUGGAUGUCCUGCAGUUUCUGGAUCAUGUGGAGGAGGGACUGAAAGAUCACUAUGAUAUCAGGAUGUUGACCUUCCUGAUGUUAGCCAGACUGGUUUCUUUGUGUCCUGCUGCUGUUCUCCAAAGACUUGACCGUCUGGUGGAACCGCUAAAAGCCACCUGCACCACCAAAGUAAAGGCUGGCUCUGUAAAGCAGGAGUUUGAGAAGCAGGAGGAACUGCGGCGCUCAGCCAUGCGAGCUGUCGCCGCCCUGCUGGCUGUGCCGGAGGUGGAAAAAAGUCCCAGCAUGGCUGAAUUCGCCAACCAGAUCAGGUCCAACGCAGACAUGGCGUCCAUCUACCACAGUGUCCAGGGAGGGGAGGGAGGAGGCAUGGGUCCCUCAGAGAGCAUGGAUAUGAGCUAAAGGACAUGAGCUAAAGGAGGUGUUGAAUCAAAGGCAUUUUAUUUUGGGUUUUAUUUUAUCUUUAGUAUUUAAUCCCAUUUUUUAUCUAACAUUUGAUGCUUUGGUAGCACUUGAAACUACAUUUCUGCCUGAAUAGAUUAUGGUGUCAAAGUGCACUGAAUAAACUUUGAAAUAUAUUUUUCCUGAAUUAAA